ACUUAUUGCCUGCCUGGUUGGGACUUCUUCUUGAUGUGAAGCUAUCUUAAAACUAAAAAGGUCUGUACAAGCGCCAACUGGCUAGCUGGUGAAGAACACCAAGUCGGGUCGUUAACUAUGAUUAUUGAUUAACCUUGUAAUAUUACAGUGGAACCCUGCUUUUUCAAACCACCAACUGCAGAGGGAUGGAAAGUUGUUGAAAAAAUUGGGAAGUUAGGCUAACUUUCUCCCAGUGUUUUUUUCCAAGGGAGCAACAAAUACCUUCCAAUAAUGUUAUCAUGAUCAGGAGGCUCCAAAAAUCAAAGGUUGAAAAAAAGUCGAAAAUGUAGGUCUCAAACUACAGAUAUUUUUGGUUGACAUGAGUUGCUGUGUUUCCCUGUUAAGGGAGUAAUCUUUGUACUGUUUCAGGGUGGUUCUGGAAGGUUUGACCUCACUGUUGGUCCUAAGCAAACAAUGGGAAAAGUAGUGGAAGACGUGGUGGUGACGGUCCCCUUCCCCAAGCAAGUGUUGAAUGUAAAUCUUACUCCUUCAGUUGGAACAUGUUCCUUUGAUCCAGUCAAGAAAGAGCUUAUCUGGGAUAUUGGUAAAAUAAUACCACAAAAGUUACCAAAUUUGAGAGGAAAUAUGUCUCUUCAGACUAGCGUACCUCCCCCUGACGAAUCUUGCACUAUAUCUGUCAAGUUUAAGAUCUCUCAGCUGGCAGCUUCAGGCCUUAAAGUUAGCAGAUUGGAUAUUUAUGGAGAGAAAUACAAGCCUUUCAAAGGAGUCAAAUAUGUUACCAAAGCAGGAAAAUUUCAAAUUAGAGUGUAGAAGUAUAUUUUAAUAAAAUUGCUCUGAAUAGCUAUUAUUCUAAUUGCAACGAGGUAAACUAUGAAGAAUGGUGACUAGUUUAGUCCAGCGAGAGAUAAUGAGUUCAAUUGCACUGUGUAACUACUGUACUCAACUACUUGUUCUUAGAAAUCAUAUCGCAAAUCUUUUCCUAGUGCUAGAAAAAGUCAUCUCCUUAUCUUCAAAUUUAAAAUACUGUAAAUACAUAAAGCCUGUUUCAGUUGUUAGUUGUUGUUCCCCUAUAUGAAUACAGAAAAUUCAUUUUUACUGCAUCAAAUCCUCGUUUUCAUCACGAGGCAACACAGUGGGCGAAACGUAUGCCGUAGAAAGCCUGGAACGAGAGUGAGCAAGGUUGUUUGCGUUUUGGAGGGAAAUGAACAGGCUAUCCUAUGUUCACCCUAAUAAAAUUGUUCUAUUGUUUUUGUUGUUGUUCCGCGCUGUUCGUACAAUUCCUACAUGAGCUUGAGCAUCGAAUCGAAAAUUUGGGACGAAAAUAAUGGAAACAAAAACAAGGUCGCGGAAAGUAUCGUUCCUCUUGUUCAAUGACGGGGAAAUUUACGUUAACAAAAAUUCGCGUUCAUUUGAUGAGGCAUUAAUUUCCUACAAGAGAUGAGAAUCUCUUAUUUCCUAUGAUAAGGUAUAGUGGAUUAUCGUGGGUAUGAACUGCUCGUGACCCGAAUCCAGGAACGAGAUCGGGGAAAACAUAGCCGCAAGAAAACGGGUGGGUAGGGCGAGAAACCGAAACGGACCUUUCCAUUUGAUUUCAAACCGAAAUUUCCGGCAUCUUUGGCAUAAUGGAAAGCACCUCUUGAUCUUCCAUUUUUGGUGCCGCUUAAACAUUGAUUUGUAUUUCUCCGUUCCGUGUUAAGUUUUAAGUAGUAUGUGAAAUUAGCUCGCCACUACUCACGAGCUAUCACUGGUACUAGCUUGCAAUAAAAUGGAUUACUGUAAAAUCUA